AAAUCUGCUAUGAACACUUUCUCCUCCCAGAUUCCGGAAAAACUAACAGGUGUUAGUCCCAUCCACAACAGCCAGGUUUGCAGUACAUGGGGUAACUUCCACUUCAAGACCUUUGACGGAGAUGUUUUCCAGUUGCACUCAACUUGCAACUACGUCCUGACCUCAUCAUGCAGGAGCAGUUACAAGGACUUCAACAUCCAGAUAAGACGACAGGAUGCUGGCAACCAUCACACCAUCAACAACAUCAUCAUGAAGCUGGAGGGUUCAGUAGUGGAGCUCUCUGAGGGCUCAGUGGUUGUCAAUGGAAAAACAGCCACCCUACCAUUCAGUCAAGCAGGAGUGCUCAUUGAGAAAACUCCUACCUACAUCAAAAUCAAAGCAAAGCUGGGAUUAGUUGCUAUCUGGAAUGAGAAGGAUGCUUUUAUGGUGGAACUAGACCUUAAGUACAAGAACCAGACCUGUGGUCUUUGUGGAGACUUCAAUGGUGUCCAAGUCUAUGAUGAGUUCUACAGCCAUGGUGUAAAAAUAUCCCCCAUGGAUUUUGCUAACUUCUGGAAAAUGGAUGGUCCAACUGAAAGCUGCUCUGACUACACGCUGGAAUCAACACAAAGCUGCAACAACAUGAAGCCUCUGUGUGAGCAAAUCCUUACAGGACCAGCCUUCAACAGCUGUCACAGUCUGCUGGACGUCGCCUCCUUUACUUCGGCCUGUGUUGCAGAUCUCUGCAACUGUGACAAUGGCGUGAAUGAACACAUUGACUCCCUCUGCCUGUGCGACACUGUGUCAGAGUUCUCCAGACAGUGUGGACAUGCGGGUGGCAAACCCCAAAACUGGAGAAUGAAAGAACUCUGCUGGAAGUCAUGUCCCAACAAAAUGGAGUACAAGGAAUGUGGGAGUCCCUGUGCUGAUUCCUGCUCCAAUCCAGAGGCCAGCCACACCUGUGAUCACCACUGUAUCGAUGGAUGCUUCUGCCCUGCAGGCACUGUGCUGGAUGAUUUGAACGGAUCGGGUUGUGUCCGAUUAAACGAGUGCUCCUGCAGCUACAACAGCAAGAUCUAUGGCCCAGGAGAGUCCUACUCCAGUAACUGCAAAAAAUGUGUGUGUGCGAGUGGCCAGUGGACGUGUACUGAGGAGAACUGUCCAGGAACCUGCUCUGUGGAGGGAGGAGCCCACAUCAACACCUUUGAUGAAAAAGUCUACACCUUCCAUGGGGACUGCUCCUAUGUGCUGGCUAAGGACUGCAAUGGAUCCCAGUUUGAGGUACAAGGAGAACUGGAGCAGUGUGGACUGACUGAGAGUGAGACCUGCCUCGAGUCUGUUACCUUGGGUUUGUCUGGAGGGCUUAAUGUGAUCAAAAUCCAGUCUAAUGGCAAGGUUUUUGUGAAUGGCAUGUAUGCUCAGUUACCCUUCUCUGCUGCUGGGAUCUCCGCCUUCAGAGGGUCCUCUUACUACGUGCUGGUGCAAACAUCUGUUGGUGUUCUGUUGGAGGUGCAGCUCCAGCCAGUCAUGCAGCUCUACGUCAAAGUGACCAGUGGCUACCAGGCCAAGACCUGUGGUCUGUGUGGGAACUUCAACGGUAACCAAGCUGAUGACUUCCUAAAGCUCAGUGGCGUUCCAGAUGCCACAGCACCUGGUUUUGUCAACAGCUGGAAGACACAUGCUGCUUGCCCUGAUGUUCAGAGCAACUUUGAGAACCCCUGCAGUCUUAGUCUGGAUAAUGAGAAGUACGCCCAGCACUGGUGCUCCAUGCUGAGUGACCCUCAGGGAGUGUUUGCCUCCUGUCACUCAGAGAUUAGCCCUGACUCGUACAAAGAGAACUGCAUGUAUGACAGCUGUAACUGUGAGAAAAGUGAGGACUGUAUGUGUUCUGCUGUCUCCUCCUACGUCCACGCCUGUGCCGCUGCAGGAAUCCUGCUCCCUGGCUGGAGGGCGACCAUCUGUGGGAAAUAUGCUAGCUCGUGCCCCAGCAGCAUGGUCUACUCCUACACCAUCACUUCCAGCAGUCGCACCUGCCGCUGCAUUAGCAACACAGACCCCAGCUGUCACUUCUCUUUCCCGCCAAUCGAUGGUUGCAUCUGUGCAGAGGGAACCUAUCUGGAUGACACUGGGAAGUGUGUCCCAUCUCAGGCUUGUCCUUGUUAUCACAAAGGCUCAGUGGUGCCUCCUGGACAGGUCGUCAACAAGGAUGGGGUCAUGUGCACCUGCAAGGAGGGCAAACUCAGCUGCAUUGGAGAGGUCAUUAUACCGUCAACCUGUGCUCCUCCUAUGGUGGCCUUCAACUGCUCUGCUAAUGACCCACUUGCAAGAGGAACUGAGUGUGAGAAGAGCUGCAACACAUUAGACAUGGCCUGUAUGGCCACAGGGUGUGUCUCCGGCUGUAUGUGUCCAUCUGGGAUGGUGUCUGAUGGUAAAGGAGGCUGCAUUAAGCCAGAAGCCUGUCCUUGUGUCCACAACGGUGUCUCCUACCAGCCUGGAGAGACCACCAAGGUGGACUGCAAUACCUGCACUUGUAAAGACAGGAAGUGGCACUGCACUACCAGCCAGUGUGAUGCAACCUGCUCUGUAUAUGGCGAUGGACACUACAUUACUUUUGAUCAGAAGCGCUUCACCUUUGAUGGCAACUGUGAAUACAUUCUCGCUCAGGACUACUGUGGCAGUGCUCAGAGUAAUGGGACAUUCAGAGUGGUCACUGAGAAUGUUCCCUGUGGAACCACAGGAACCACCUGCUCAAAGAGCAUCAAGAUCUUUCUGGGGAGUGCAGAACUGACUCUAGCAGAGGGAAGCUACCAGCUGAUUUUGAGUGGAAAUGAAGAAACAGCUCCAUUCAGUUACAGCUCUAUGGGCAGUUACCUGGUAAUUGAAGCCAAAAAUGGACUCAUUUUCAUGUGGGACAGGAAGACCACCUUGUCCAUCAAGCUCAGCCCAAAAUAUAAGGGUCGUGUGUGUGGGCUGUGUGGCAACUAUGAUGACAAUGCAAAUAAUGACUUCACCACAAGGUCCCAUGCCGUGGUGGUCAACCCACUGGUGUUUGGGAACAGCUGGAAGGAUUCACCCAGCUGCCCCGACGCUCACAGCCUCACCAGCCCCUGCACAGCCAACCCAUACAGACAGGCUUGGGCCCAGAAACAGUGCAGCAUUAUCCAGAGCGACGUCUUCUCUCCCUGCCACUCCAGUGUGGAUCCUGCUCCAUACUAUGAAGCUUGUGUAUCUGACUCCUGUGCUUGUGACACGGGUGGAGACUGCGAGUGUUUCUGCACUGCUGUGGCCGCUUACGCUGAAUCCUGUAAUCAAGCUGGCGCCUGUAUACGAUGGAGAACCCCAAAGAUUUGUCCUAUCUUCUGUGAUUACUACAACCCCCCUGGAGAAUGUGAAUGGCACUACAUGCCAUGUGGGUCUCCGUGUAUGAAAACCUGCAGGAACCCCUCUGGCAGCUGUUCAUCACAGAUGCCUUCUCUAGAAGGUUGCUAUCCAAAAUGUCCUCCUGCUCAGCCAUACUUUGAUGAGGAUACAAUGACAUGUGUACUAAAAGAACAAUGUGGCUGCUACGAUAAAGAGGGGAAACACUACAAUAAUAAUGACAAAGUGCCCACAACCAAAAACUGUCCAACACCUGCAUUAUGUGUGUCUACAGAGCCACACACAGGGCCAGUUCCAUGUACUCCUUGUAAUUGGUCACCAUGGUAUGAUACCAGCUUCCCGACACUGGGAACACAAGGAGGAGACAUGGAAACAUACAAAAAGAUUAGAGAGGCAGGGCACAAUAUAUGUGCUAAUCCAAGCCAGAUCCAAUGCAGAGCUGAGAAAUUCCCAAAUGUCACCAUUGAAAAUGUGGGACAAGUGGUGGAAUGUAAUCUGGCUAAGGGGCUGACUUGCAGAAAUGAAGACCAGUCAGGACCACUGGCCUUGUGCUUUAACUACCAAGUCAGAGUUCAGUGUUGUGACUACAGUGCAUGCCCAACAGAGCAUACUCCUACAACAUCUUCAAUACCUACAACGACUAAAGAUGUUACCAAAACAUCUUGUCAGGAAACAUUAUGCAACUGGUCACACUGGAUAAGUUCAGACUAUCCUGAAUACGGUAAUGGAGGUGGCGACAAUGAAACCAUCAAACACAUCAUUCAGAAAGGAUUUCACAUCUGUGAAAAUCCAGUGGCAGUGGAAUGUCGGUCAAAGCACUAUCCGCUGACUCCCCUAAAUCAAUUGGCACAAAAAGUGACAUGUAAUAACCAAGGACUUCUGUGUGAGAACAGGUUACAGGAUCCUCCCAUAUGUUUAGAUUAUGAAAUAAAGGUAAAGUGUUGCCAGACAGUGAUGUGCAGCACAUCACCAAAACCUACUACUUCUAUCACAGCCAUACCGACUAAACCACCUUCUACUACGACCGCCAGACUCUCUACCACAACUGAAACAACAACUCAGCCACCUACAACUACUGGUACAACCACUACACUGUCUACCACAGCUCCAGCUACAACACCUUCAACUCCCUCACCUACUGUUCCAAUUACAACACCUUCAACUACAACAUCCACUACACCUUCUACUCCAACUGAAACAACAACUCAGCCACCUACAACUACUAGUACAACCCCUACACCAUCAACCACAACUGAAACACCAACUACGAGUCAGCCACCUACACCAACACCUUGCCCAGAGGGACAUGAUAUGACAUGUGGCUGGUCGGAAUGGUUCAAUAAUGGGAAACCCACAACAGGCCCUGAUGGGGGGGACAAUGAAUCCAUCAAGAACCUAAUCUCUGCUGGUUAUCAUAUAUGCUUGGCUCCUGAAGAAGUUCAAUGUAGAGCUACCCUUUACCCAGGACUUCCCAUGUCACUGGUGGGACAAAAUGUGAUUUGCAAGAAAGAUGUUGGUCUCAUAUGCUACAACAAACAACAAGGGCUCCAACAAGAGUGUUUUGAUUACGAGAUCAGAUUUAAAUGCUGUGGGUGUCCAACACAACCUCCUUCUACUACACUUCCAACACCAACACCUUCAACUCCCUCAACUACAGUUACAACUCCUACACCUUCAACUCCCUCAACUACAGUUACAACUACAAUACCUUCAACUCCCUCAACUACAGUUCCAACUACAACAUCUUCAACUCCCUCAGCUUCAGUUCCAACUACAACAACUUCAACUUCAACAUCCACUACACCUUCUACUACAACUGAAACAACUCAGCCACCUACAACUACUUUUACAACGCCAACACCAUCAACCACAUCUGAAACACCAACCACUAGUCAGCCACCAACACCUACGACUUGCCCAGGGGGACAUGAUGUGACAUGUGGCUGUUACUCCUACACCUUCAACUCCCUCAACUACAGUUACAACUACAACACCUUCAACUCCCUCAACUACAGUUACAACGACAACAUCUUCAACUACCUCAACUUCAGUUCCAAUUACAGCCCCUUCAACUACAACAACCACUACACCUUCUACCAUAACCGAAACAACAACUCAGCCACCUACAACUACUAUUACAACUCCUACACCUUCAACUCCCUCAACUACAGUUACAACUACAACACCUUCAACUCCCUCAACUACAGUUACAACUACAUCUUCAACUCCCUCGACUUCAAUUCCAAUUACAACACCUUCAACUACAACAACCACUACACCUUCUACCACAACCGAAACAACAACAACUCAGCCACCUACAACUACUAUCCAAUACUUCCAACAUCAACUCCCUCAGCUACAGUUCCAACUACAACACCUUCAACUACGAUAUCCACUACACCUUCUACCACAACCGAAACAACAACUCAGCCACCUACAUCUACCAGUACAACCACUACACCUUCUACUACAACUGAGUUACAUAUAGUCACAGGAACACCCUCUCGACCAACUACUGCGCCAUCUACGGUACAACAAAUUUGCCAUUGCCUUCAUAAUGGUAUCCUGUUCCCCCCUAACUCCAUAGUCUACAAUAUGUCCGACCAUGAUGGCUACUGCUAUAUAGGGUACUGCAAUGAAAACUGUCAUAUAGUACUCAAAGACCACCAUCCGUGUAAUAAUACAAGGAAAGAGUGUGUAAACCCUCCAAGAAAGGAUGGUGAAAUUUGGAAGGAGAGUAACUGUCUUGUUGGGACAUGUGAUAAUGGCAAGGUGACCUAUAACCAAACACAAUGUCCAACUCCAAAGCCUGUAGUAUGUGCAAAUAACUUCCCUGCUGUUAAAGUGCUGGAUGAGGAUGGAUGCUGCUUCCACUAUGAGUGCCAAUGUAUCUGCUAUGGUUGGGGAGACCCCCAUUAUGUCACCUUCGAUGGAACUUACUAUGGUUUUCAAGGCAACUGUUCAUACUGGCUGAUGAAGGAGAUAUUACCCAAAUACAACUUCAGUGUUAUGAUCGAUAACUACUACUGUAAUUCUGCUGAGGGCUUGGCCUGUCCUCAGUCCAUCACUGUCUUCUACAAGAGCUACACAAUCUUUAUAAUGCAGAAGGAGGUUAAUGGCAUUUACACAAAUCAGACCACUGUGAAUGGCAAGCAUGUGCGUCCUGCAUACCAGAAUGGUGACUUCCGUAUAACCUCCACCGGUAUAGAAACAGUGCUUGUCAUCCCUGCAAUCCAUGCCAAGAUCACCUUCUCAGGACUCAUAUUCGGCAUCUACCUCCCCUAUAGUAAAUUUGCCGGCAACACCGAGGGACAGUGUGGCACAUGUGACAACAACCGGACAGAUGACUGCAUGUUGCCAAGUGGCAAAAUUGAUCCUUCAUGUCCUAAUAUGGCACAUCAUUGGCAUGCUGAAAGCUGUGAACAUAUUAAUCCCACAGUUACACCUACACCUACACCUACGCCUAUGCCAACGACUCCGCAUAGCAACUGCGAUACAACCAUCUGUGAGAUCAUUAAGGGCAGUGUGUUUGAAGCUUGCCACAAGGUUAUUGACUACACUCCAUUUGUCAAGGCCUGUGAGUUUGACAUUUGCCACAUGCACAUAAAUUUCGUUGGCUGCACCAGCUUACAAAGCUAUGCCGAUGCCUGUGCUGAGUCUGGACUGUGUAUUGACUGGAGAAAUGCCACCGACGGACUCUGUGAAUAUAAAUGUCCAAGUCCCAAAGUCUAUCGGGCAUGUGGUCCUCAGGUGGAGCCUACCUGUGAUUCCUGGUACAACCAGAAAUUCGUCUAUGCUGUCAAUGAGUUCAGUGCUAUGACAAAUGUGGAGCUGGAGGGUUGUUUCUGCCCAGAUGACUACUUCCUCCUCUCUUCCAGCUCUAAUGAAUGUGUGCGCAACUGUGAAAUUUGUCGGCUGUCAAAUGGAAGUUGGACACAGGCCAAUUCGACGUGGACAGCAAACUGUAAUGAGUGUAGAUGUGAGGAGGACACACUCCAGGUCAGCUGCCUUCCCGUGUCCUGUCCAACACAGCCCCCCCUCAGCUGUGACGAAGAGGGCCAGGUCAAGGUCACUGAAACGGUUGACUGCUGUCAAAAGGAGAAGUGUGGUUGUGAUGGGACGCUGUGCUCUGGUCUUGUGCCGUCCUGUCCUCUUGGUUUUAUUCUGAACAAAACUAAGGGAGUCUGCUGUUGGAAACACUCUUGCGGUGAGUGUACUAUGCUAGCGCAUACUGGAACUGCAUUACCAUGUUGCAUUUUAACCAUAUCAAUUGUUGCAUCACAUUUGCCUAAACCGGAUGUGUGUGUUUUCAACAACAAUGAGUACCAGGUUGGAGACCUCGUGCCCAUGAAGCCAUGUGAGAAGUGCAUUUGUAGUAACAAGGUCAAUGCCAGCAGCCAACUGAACAUUAUAGACUGUAAGACUAUACCCUGUGACACCAACUGCCCUGUGGGUUAUGAGUACCAGAUCAGCGCUAACCGGUGCUGUGGGACAUGUGUCCAAACAAGCUGCAUUGUGGUGCUGUUGAAUGCCACAUACACAUUAAAGCCUGGCUCCAUUUGGAGUCCUGCCGGGAACGCCUGUGUGAAGUUUGAGUGUGUGAAGAUCGCUAAUCAGUUCAUCACCAUAGAAGCUAAGACAACCUGUCCCCUCUAUGACCCUAAUGAAUGCAUACCGGGCACAGAGACCAUAGCUCCAGACGGAUGCUGCCACAUCUGUAUUCCGAAGGGUGAGCCAUGCGGUGUGUCCACCACACCUGUGUACCUGGAGAGCCAGGGAUGCCAUGCCAAAGACCUGGUCAAUGUCACAUCCUGUAAUGGAGCAUGUGGCACCUUCACCUUCUAUUCUACCAAAACAAGAUCCUUGCAGCACACCUGCUCCUGCUGCCAGGAGUUGGCUACAUCUGAGCGCCAGGUCCAGCUCUCAUGCCCUGACAACACAGAGAUCACUUACACCUACACCCACAUCAACACCUGUGGGUGCCUCAAGACAGAGUGCUCUGUGCCUGGCCAAAGGGAAUUUGCAACCACUACCCCCAGCUCCAAGUCGCGUCGACGCAGGAGAUAAGGCAAAAACCAGGACAAGCAUAUGCAUUUGGCGCAUUAAU